AUGCCCAAGAUGAAAACCACCCAGCAAGAAAAACUUGUGUAUAGACCCAUCUAUACAGCUUAUGACGCCAUACAGACCCUUCUCGAAGCACCCAAAGGAAUCGCGGCACGAACCCUGAAACAUGAGGCUCAUCCCUCCCCCGCCGCAUCUCAUAAGAAACAUUUGUCUAUGUAUACGUCCCCCAAACCCCAGAUUGAUUGCGCUCAAAUUCCUACGAAACAAGAAGUCGAGAUGUUACAACCACAACCAACCGACCCCUUCUCCUGGCUCCGAAUCACACAAUACAUCCUCUGGUCCUUCGAAUUCGUCGUUCUCUCAAUCUUGGAACUCGGACUUUUCUUUCGCGUGACGAGUCGACUUUCAGAUGGAUCGGGCCAGGUGUGGACAUUGGUGUAUCUAAUAUUCGGCCUAAUAGUCUGGACGCUCAUGCUCCCCGAACUCAUUCUCCUCUCCGUAAACCGCAUCUCGCCGCUCCAAUACACCACCACACAACUGCUCAAACUCGCGAUCCUGGUAGGCGAGUUUCUGAGUUCAGGGCUAGAGUUCAAUAUCUCUUCAGAUCUUAUAAUAGUAUCAUCAAUCUUCUUCACACCAUUCAUUCUCUCAAUAAUCUGUGGCUAUCUCAGUCUCCCUAAAGGAAGCCAAGGGGAAGAGGAGUAUGACCGCGAUGGCAGAAAACGAGGGAUUAGUUUUGGUGAGGUGCAGGAUGCGUUUGAUGAGGAGUGGUUGGAACGGAGGAGAGAACGACAGCCUUUGAUUGGGAGGAGAGCUAGCAUUUUGACCGUUUGA